AUGCAGACGGCUGGACCCAAUGGGGUCAUACUUAUCCUGACAAAGCUGUAUGACUUCAACCUGGGGAGCGUGACUGAGAGCUCGCUUUGGAGAUCAACAGAUUAUGGCACCACCUAUGAGAAGCUGAAUGACAAAGUAGGUUUGAAGACUGUGCUCAGCUACCUCUACGUCAAUCCCACCAACAAAAGGAAGAUCAUGCUUCUCAGUGAUCCUGAGAUGGAGAGUAGCAUAUUGAUCAGCUCAGAUGAAGGGGCGACUUAUCAGAAAUACCGGCUCACUUUCUAUAUCCAGAGUCUGCUCUUUCACCCCAAGCAAGAGGACUGGGUGCUGGCCUACAGUCUGGAUCAAAAGCUCUACAGCUCCAUGGACUUUGGGAGACGGUGGCAACUCAUGCAUGAACGCAUCACACCCAACAGGUUUUACUGGUCGGUGGCUGGAUUGGACAAGGAAGCAGACCUGGUGCACAUGGAGGUGCGGACGGCAGAUGGAUAUGCUCACUACCUCACCUGCAGGAUCCAGGAAUGUGCUGAGACUACUCGGAGUGGGCCUUUUGCUCGCUCCAUUGACAUUAGCUCCCUGGUCGUCCAGGAUGAAUAUAUCUUCAUUCAGGUGACAACAGGUGGGAGAGCCAGCUACUAUGUGUCCUACCGAAGAGAGGCUUUUGCUCAGAUAAAGCUGCCCAAGUACUCGCUGCCAAAGGACAUGCACAUCAUCAGUACCGAUGAGAACCAAGUGUUUGCAGCCGUCCAGGAAUGGAACCAGAAUGACACAUACAAUCUCUACAUCUCAGACACACGUGGGAUCUACUUCACCCUGGCCAUGGAGAACAUUAAGAGCAGCCGAGGACUAAUGGGAAACAUCGUUAUUGAAUUGUACGAGGUAGCAGGUAUCAAAGGGAUAUUCCUGGCAAACAAGAAGGUGGAUGACCAGGUGAAGACAUACAUCACGUACAACAAGGGCAGGGAUUGGCGUCUACUGCAAGCUCCAGAUGUGGACCUGAGAGGAAGCCCUGUACACUGUCUGCUGCCCUUCUGCUCCCUACACCUACACUUGCAAAUCUCUGAAAAUCCGUAUUCCUCAGGAAGAAUCUCCAGCAAGGAGACAGCUCCAGGGCUCGUGGUGGCUACAGGCAAUAUUGGCCCAGAGCUCUCGUAUACUGAUAUCAGUGUGUUCAUCUCUUCCGAUGGGGGCAACACAUGGAGACAGAUCUUUGAUGAAGAGUACAAUGUCUGGUUCCUAGACUGGGGUGGCGCCCUCGUGGCCAUGAAACACACACCUCUGCCAGUCAGGCAUUUGUGGGUGAGUUUCGAUGAGGGCCACUCCUGGGACAAGUAUGGUUUCACUUCACUUCCUCUCUUUGUUGACGGGGCUCUGGUGGAGGCAGGCGUGGAGACCCAGAUCAUGACAGUUUUUGGUCACUUCAGCCUCCGCUCUGAAUGGCAGUUGGUGAAGGUGGACUACAAAUCAAUCUUCAGCCGGCGCUGCAAUAAGGAGGACUUCCAGACCUGGCACCUGCUCAAUCAGGGGGAGCCUUGCGUCAUGGGAGAAAGGAAAAUUUUCAAGAAACGCAAGCCAGGCGCUCAGUGUGCCCUGAGCAGAGACGCCUCAGGGACAGUGGUCUCCGAACCAUGUGUCUGUGCCGACUGGGACUUUGAAUGUGACUAUGGCUACGAGAGACAUGGAGAAAGCCAGUGUGUUCCAGCUUUCUGGUACAAUCCAGCCUCCCCAUCAAAAGACUGCAGCCUUGGUCAAAGCUACCUUAACAGCACUGGGUAUCGGCGGAUUGUGUCCAACAACUGCACAGAUGGACUGAGGGAGAAGUACACCGCCAAGGCCCAGAUGUGCCCUGGAAAAGCCCCUCAUGGCCUCCACGUGGCGACAACCGAUGGCCGCCUGGUGGCGGAGCAGGGACACAAUGCCACCUUCAUCAUCCUCAUGGAGGAGGGUGAUCUCCAAAGGACAAACAUCCAGCUUGACUUUGGGGAUGGGAUUGCCGUGUCUUAUGCUAACUUCAGUCCCAUUGAGGAUGGCAUCAAGCAUGUGUACAAGAGUGCAGGGAUCUUCCAGGUGACGGCCUAUGCAGAGAACAACCUGGGUUCAGACACAGCUGUCCUCUUCUUGCACGUGGUUUGUCCUGUGGAGCACGUUCAUCUCAGAGUUCCAUUUGUUGCCAUAAGAAAUAAGGAGGUCAACAUCAGUGCAGUGGUGUGGCCCAGCCAGCUGGGGACCCUUACCUAUUUCUGGUGGUUCGGCAAUAGUACAAAGCCUCUCAUCACCUUGGACAGCAGCAUUUCCUUCACAUUCCUAGCAGAGGGAACCAAUACCAUCACCGUCCAGGUGGCUGCUGGGAAUGCCCUUAUCCAGGACACAAAAGAUAUUGCAGUUCAUGAAUACUUCCAGUCCCAGCUCUUAUCAUUCUCUCCUAAUCUGGAUUACCAUAACCCUGACAUUCCUGAGUGGAGGCAAGAUAUUGGAAAUGUCAUCAAGCGGGCUCUGGUGAAAGUAACCAGUGUCCCAGAAGAACAGAUCCUAGUUGCUGUGUUCCCUGGCCUCCCAACUUCAGCAGAGCUCUUCAUCCUUCCCCCCAAGAACUUAACAGAGAGGAGGAAAGGCAAUGAAGGGGACCUGGAACAAAUUGUAGAGACACUGUUUAAUGCUCUAAACCAAAACUUGGUCCAGUUUGAACUGAAGCCAGGGGUUCAAGUGAUUGUGUAUGUCACACAGCUGACAUUAGCUCCAUUGGUGGACUCCAGUGCCGGACACAGCAGCUCAGCGAUGCUUAUGCUCUUGUCAGUGGUAUUUGUGGGCCUGGCUGUGUUUUUGAUCUACAAGUUUAAAAGGAAAAUCCCCUGGAUUAACAUCUAUGCUCAAGUCCAACACGACAAGGAGCAGGAGAUGAUUGGGUCAGUGAGCCAAAGUGAAAAUGCCCCCAAAAUCACACUCAGUGACUUCACCGAGCCCGAGGAACUGCUGGACAAAGAGCUGGACUCCCGGGUCAUAGGAAGCAUUGCCACCAUUGCAAACAGCGAAAGCACAAAGGAGAUCCCCAACUGCACUAGUGUUUAGUACCAACAAGCCACGUGGUCAACCAUCUUUCUGACUUUUUAUUUUUGAAGAUUCCUAUUACUCUUAUCUCUUAUUAUGGAAAAAGGAAUAUGUCUUUUUUACCUUUCGUUUACCAAGGGCCCCUUCAUAAUAAGCAGUCAGAUGGUUAGCUUUGGGAGGCAAAGGCAUUCUUAGCUGAUUAACAUGAGACAAAAAGAAUAAAUGACUAUAUGUGUGCUAAGGACAAAGGAUGCAUCUUUCCACGGCUUUCUUGCUUCAUUCUGCCAUUGAUAGGGCAAGGCAUCUCUUUUGCCUUGUGGCCACUCUUUCUUUUUAUUUUUUAAUGUGGGUUGGCUUUCCACUAACCUCCCACUCCCAUCUCCACCCCCUCCUGGCCCCCAAAUCACCAAUACCCACCUCCUCCCACCCAACACACACACCUAAAACAUAAACCAUUUCCCAGUUAGAUCUGCAGGAGGUAGGUUGGUGGGGAGGGAAUGUAGCUGCAGAAAGCGUGCACACCUGUCGGAAGAGGCCCUGCCUCAUGCAUGUCCACUGCGAGGCUGCAGAUGGCUUAUUGUAUAUAAUUACAAUGUAAAUAGCUUUUUAUUUCCUAAGAAAUAAUUUAAUGUUUAGUAAAAAAGAAAACAGAAAAAAGAAAGAUGCGUCUGUUGGCUUAUGCACUCACCUUCAGAGCUGACCAACCCCCAGGCCUGCUGGAUGAGUUGGGUUCUGGAUGCUCUCCAGUUGUCUGUCACACUUAACUCUUGCAUUUCUGUGUCCAUGUCAUUGCCGGUUUCUACUUCUGUAUAUAAAGGGGGGAGGGGGGAGGGCUUCUUGGGGACAACUGGUUAAAGGAAGGAUGAGAGUGACCUCAUAGAACAUGGGGGGGGCACUUUUUGUCCCACAGUGACAUGGAAGAAGUUGAAAGAUGAAGCCCAUGAGAGACUUCAGACUGAGACCCAGAUGGGGAAACGAGGCUUUCCCUCAGGAAGGAUGCAGUGGAGGAUGGUUAUUAGCCUAGGAAAAUGGUUUUCUCUAAAGGAGCCAGGCAAUGGAUCUGAACAAUGAAAAGCAUUGUUUUCUGGUUAAAGUCCAUGAAAAGGUGUAAUGCUUAUGGGGAAGUUAUGGGCUGUUCUUAGCUCAGAGAAGUCCCUUGGGUACUCAGUUAAGCCCAGUGAGGGUCUCUUGGCCUGGGAGAAGUUGGAGGAGGGAGGGAGGUGGCAUUUGUGGGAUCAGGAGACGGUGCAAACCCUGUGGGAAGAAUAGGGGUCUAGCUUUUCAUGAUAUUAGUCAAAGUUGAUUUUAGCAAAGCUGUGCUACUUGCUUGUCUGAUGUACACAACUUCCUUCAAUUCAAAUGUCUGCCUUCAGUUCCCCUAAGAUAGUUCUUGCAUCUGAGGCGAGUGACUUUCAAAGCCAGUGUUCUCUUUUCUAUCAUCCCAGCCCCUUCACCCAUUUCACGUGUCAGUUCCUUUCAGAAGGGUGGCUUUAAGCGAUGCUGAAAGCAUUGUUUUCUUUUCAGGCUCAGCCUGAGUAUACUUUUUUUUUUUUUAAUGAUAUACUGUAUAUAUAUGGGAGGAAAGGCCAAGUUUUGUACCUGUUCACAUCCUUCUCUGUGAGACGCAGAGAAUGUGACCUGGAGAAAUUGGACCGUCUACAGCAUAGAUCAGAAUUGGGAGGAUUUCUAAAGAUCCUGCUUUUUUGUUCCAAGGGUUAAAUGGGGCAGACAAUUGCAAUACUUGUAAUAAACACUGGAAUACAAAUGCAUGAGUCAUAUCUAUAUAUACAGUAUAUGUACAUAUACUGUUCUUGGUUUUAU